GCUCUCUAACCAUUCCGCAGGCGCCGCUGACUCUGUCCCUUCGUUCCGGCGGCUGCUUGAUGGGUACUGGCGCCAUCUUAAUUCUCGGGAGGGAGACGUGACUUGUGGCGCCGUGUGGGCGAGGUUUUACUCCCAGAAACUCUAAUGAUGGAUUCCACAGACCAAAAACCUAUCUGUGUACUACCAGAAGAAAGUGGCAAUGUAAGCAAAUUGGAUAGCUGUUCAAAGGAAAAGAAAUCUUCCGACAAUGUGAAAGAUAUAGAUGAAGAGUGCCCAUCUGGAGUUUCUCUGCAAUUAUGGAAAAAAUUUCAGGAGUUGAAAGAACGAAGGAAUGCCAUAAACAAAUUUUCAUUUAAAAAGAGAGCGAGACGGAAACGAAAAAUUGCUGGUGCAGAAAGCCUGACAAACGUGGGAGGGAAUAGUGAGGACCCUUCCAUCAAAUCGCAGGAAUCUAAGCAAGAGCAGGAAUCUGAGGCUGAAAGCAGCCAGCUAGCCAUGAGAGAGGCCCACUGGAAUGAACUAAGGCAAUAUUUUGGAGCAGAUGAUAGAUUUAAGUCUCCUGCUUGCAGCACAUUGCUUUCAAAGACAAAUCUGGAAAAAAACCUUGACAAGGCCAUUGCCACAGGGGAUAUAGAUGAAGCAGAACGGUUGAGUGACAACCUUGCUGUUCGUAAGCUGGGUGUGCAAAUUGCAAAGGCUGUUGAUUGUCGUGAUUUUGCAAAAGCCAAGCAAGAGGCUGAGGCUUCUCAGCAGGCCCCAAAGAAGAAGCAACUUCCAUGGGGAUUUGAAGCAAAGAAAAGAUGGGAAACAAAAAGUAACAUGGGCUAUAUGUGAAGUCAUGACACAGGAUGAAAAUUAAGUGAGCAUUGAGAUGUGAAACACUUGACCUGCACUUGCACUCUCAAUCCAAUCUCAAGGGAGUCAUCUGGAAACACUUUACAAGAAUAUAACAAUGAUUGUGCCCUGCUGCUUCCAUAGCUGCACAUUAACCGAUUGAGAAUGAUUUAGCCUUCAAGUGCUUAAAAUUUGAACAUGGUCAAGGAGCUUGAAAGAGGAUUUUGCCAUUCUAUAAAUAACCUUAAGCAGGCCCCGUCGUAUCUUUUGGUGACACAAUUUCGUAACAUGAACAGUAAAAUGAUAAUUAUUUCUGCCUGCUCACAAGCUCAGCCACUGUGAGCUCUGCUUACCACCGGAAGGCUGUAUUUUCAAGCCUGGAGAUUCUCUGUGAUUUAGAAUCGUCGCCUAUGUGAGGUGAACUUUAUCGGUCCCUGUAUUGCCAUGUCAUGGGCAUUCCACUCUGAAGAAAGGAAAAACUGCACUGCGUUUCUUGAACUCCUCUAUCUUUAC